AUGACUUCCUUUAUCGCUACCGUGAGCAACAACCGGCGGAACCAGUUCCGACCGCGACCCGGUGGCAAGCAGGGAACAACCAGCUACCAGUUGCGACAAUAUGCCGAGGCCACUCUGGGAGGCGGCAGCCUUCGCAAGAUCGUGAAGCUGCCCGAGGGUGAAGACGAGAACGAGUGGUACGCUGUCAACAUGGUGGAUUUCUACAACCAGAUCAACCUGCUGUACGGCGCCAUCACGGAGUUCUGCUCGCCCCAGUCAUGCCCGGAGAUGAAGGCGACCGACGAGUUCGAGUACCUGUGGCAGGACAACGAGAACUACAAGCGGCCCACCAAGAUGCCCGCGCCGGCCUACAUCGAGCAGCUCAUGACCUGGGUCCAGAGCAGCAUCGAUGACGAGGCCGUCAUGCCCAGCCGCAUCGGCGUGCCCUUCCCAAAGACCUUCCCCUCCCUCGUCCGCCAGAUCUUCAAGCGCAUGUACCGCGUCUACGCCCACAUCUACUGCCACCACUACCCCGUCAUCCGCGAGCUCGGCCUCGAGCCCCACCUCAACACCAGCUUCAAGCAGUACGUGCUCUUCAUCGACGAGCACAACCUGGCCACCGGCAAGGACUUCUGGGGCCCGCUGGGUGACCUGGUGGACAGCAUGUUGCGGAGCGACUGA